AUGCCCCAUGCCGACAUCCUCCUAGCGUUCACUCCAGAUCUUCUGCACCAAGUUCAUAAAGGUGUAUUCAAGGAUCACCUGGUGAGGUGGUGUCAGCAAAUAAUCGGAGAGGAAGAAAUGGACGCACGAUUCAAGGCAAUGCUGGAUUACCCAGGGCUCCGUCACUUCAAGAAAGGAAUAUCGACUGUCAAGCAAUGGACCAGAAGCGAACAUAAACAAAUGCAGCGAGUGUUCAUUGGCUUACUCACCGGAGCGGUUCCUAGUUGGGUCUUGGUAGUUGCUCGUUCGAUUCUGGACUUCUCGUAUUACGCGCAGCUGCGGAUUCACACGACGGAUUCGCUCAAAGCCUUACAAAUAGCACUAUCAGUAUUCCAUAGUCAUAAGGAUGUCCUCAAGGAACUGUCUAUUCGCGAACAUUUCAACAUCCCAAAGAUCCACCAACUCACUCAUUACGUCCAGUCAAUAACAUUGUUUGGUGCAGCUGAUGGUUUUAAUACAGAACUUCCUGAGCGCUUGCAUAUAGACUUUGCCAAGGAUGCUUACCAUGCCACCAAUAAACGUGAUUAUGAAGAGCAAAUGGUCUUGUGGCUCCAGCGCCAGGAUGCCAUCUUUCUGCAGGGUGCAUAUCUGGAUUGGCUGGCACAAAGGCAGCUACUCCCCAUACUACAUCUGCCAAGGCAUCCACACCAAUCAGUUCAAGAGAUUGUAGCAUCACAUGGUGCUACCAACUUUUUGACAGCUCUCCAAUCUUUCAUACAGAAGAAUCUCCCUGGAUGCACUGUCGUACCAGGGGUGCAGGACCGUUUUGACGUUUAUUGGCAAGUCGUCGUUGUAAUGCCACCUGACCUCCGAGUUGGUGAUACACCAACGCGGAGGCGCAUUAGAGCCACACCUGAGAGAUUGUCAUCAGGCUGUAAGCCUGGUUGUCCAGCUCGGUUUGAUAUGGGGUUGAUAUCUGACAGUCCUCAUCCUUUGUCUCAAGGGUGGUGUUUAAUAAUCGCUGUUGCAGGUCUGAGAGUGGCGCAAGUUCGUGCUAUAUUCACCCUCCCUCAUCAAUUCGGCACAUACAUCAGAGCCCUCACAUACAUUGAGUGGUUCACACCUUUCAGGACACCUGACCCUUCUUCUGGAAUGCGACUAGUGUCGCACUUGACCCGCCAUUUUGAGUCAAGGUUGAGGAGUGGAGAUGCAUACGAGGCCGCGAAUGAUUUUUAUUUUAAUGAGUUCAUCGACGGCGAGAUGUUUUGCGCUUCAGUGGAUACUAAUUAG